GAGAUCGCAUGAGCUCAGCUUGGUGCUUCUACAUCCAUGGUUGGAUCUCAAAUAUCUAUUUAAGGAUCAUAAAACAUAUGAAACUCCCCAAAUCCAUAUUUUCCUCUAAGAUGGCCAACAUUUUACAAUUAGUUGUUCUCUUUCUAAUAAUGCUGGCUUCAGCCAAAGCACUAAGACCUGCAUCUUCUUCCUCCAUCAUUGGCCUUAAAAAAGGAAAAUAUUGGAAUGCAAUAAGAGCAAGGAAUGGUGCCUCCCUUCCUCCUGAUUUUGAGUUGAGAACUUACUCUCAAACUUUGGAUCAUUUCAACUAUGGACCUGAGAGCUAUACAACUUUUGAGCAGAGAUAUGCCAUCAAUUUCAAGUACUGGGGAGGAGCAAGCACAAGCUCACCCAUAUUUCUCUACACCGGCGACGAGAGCAGCCUCGAUGGGGAUCUGUUUGCCGGGUUCCUUGUCGAUCAUGCUCGACGAUUCAAAGCUCUCUUGAUUUUUGUAGAGCAUAGGUAUUAUGGAAAAUCCAAUCCAUUUGGUUCAAGGGAGGCGGCAUUUAACAAUUCCAGUACACUUCAGUAUUUCAGCUCAGCACAAGCACUUGCUGACUAUGCAGAAUUGCUUAGAUAUCUGAAGAAGAAGUUGUCUGCAGAAAAUUCUCCAGUGAUAGCCAUGGGAGGAUCCUAUGGUGGAAUGCUUGCAGCUUGGUUCAGAUUGAAAUACCCACAUAUGGUUAUUGGAGCUUUGGCUUCUUCUGCUCCCAUACUCUAUUUUGAUAACAUCACACCACAAAAUGGUUAUUGUAGUGUUGUCACAAAGGAUUUUAAGGAAACCAGUGAGAGUUGUUAUCAAACUAUCAAAAGUUCUUGGGCUGAGAUUGAUAAUAUUGCAGCCAAGCAAAAUGGCCUCGCUAAAUUGAGCCAAAUGUUCAACUCCUGCAGCCGUUUGAACAAAACUGAUGAACUAAAAGAAGCUUUGGAGGGACUGUACUUCGGAUGUGCACAGUAUGACAAUCCGAAGUCGAUUCCAGUUAGUAGAAUAUGUCAUGCAAUUGAUGGAGAGCCAAAUGGAACAAGCGUGCUCAAAAGAAUUAUUUCUGGGAUUAACGCAAUUGUUGGAAAUUCUACAUGCAAUGAUUUUAGUGAGACUGAGGAGGAGGAUGCGCACUCUGGAUGGGAUUGGCAGGAGUGCACUGAGAUGGUGAUGCCUAUAGGUUGCAGUGCCAAAAAUUCAAUGUUUGAGGCUUCACCUUUUGAUAUCAAGAAUUUUAGCUUAAGCUGUAAAAAGAUAUUUAACGUGAAUCCACGACCUCAUUGGAUAACCACAGAAUAUGGCGGCCAUAAUAUUAAGAAGGUGCUCAAAAGAUUUGGAAGCAACAUAAUAUUCUCCAAUGGUCUCAGAGAUCCUUAUAGCAGUGGAGGAGUCCUGCAAAAUAUAUCCGAUAGCAUUGUGGCGUUGACUACACCGAAAGGGUCUCAUUGCUUGGAUAUAUUGGAAGCAAAUGAAGCAGAUCCUGACUGGUUAAUCUCACAGAGAAACGCUGAGGUUCAAAUUAUGGAGAAUUGGAUAGAAGAAUAUAAAAGGAAAUAAAUGAAGCUUCAUAGACGAAAAUAAAGCAAAAUUAUCAAUAACAUGCAGCUCAUCUUGAUCUAUUGGUUAUGAGCUAUGAUUAUCAAUUAAGAAUUAUUGGAUUUGAAGCUUACAUAUUUAAUGUAUAUGUGAG